AUAGAUGCUGAGACCCGGAAGGUUUGAAAGCACUCAAACUACUAGGAUUUGUUUCUUUUUUGGCUCCAUUGCAGAACCCUCUCUUUUUCUUGCCAUCUUCAUCUCUCUUACCUGAAAUAGAGGAUGCAGUGUUACCAGAGAAGUUUAAUGUGCACCAACACAUUGUGAAUCUCUCUUUCUUCAAUGUACUAAGGAUGCCUUCUUCCCGUUGGGGGUAUUUUGAAAUUUCUCUGCUCAGAGAGAGGGAUCAAAAUCCAUUAAUUUGUUUCUUAUUUUCUUCACUGUUUGAAUAGACCCACAAGAAAGAACAAAGGGAAGCGCUUUUUGUUUUGGGGCUUUUAUAAAUUCAUCUUCCACCUCUGUUUUAGCUGUUUUCUGUUUAUCAGAUCUGUGCUUCUGUUUCGACUGUUUUACCUUUCUGUUUGGUGUUUUUGAGUAGAAGAAAUGAGUAAAGAAGAGAUUAUGAAGAUCCGGACUUGUUUCCUCAAAGUGAACAUACACUGUGAUGGAUGUAGGAUGAAAGUGAAGAAAAUCUUGCAGAGAAUCGAUGGGGUUUUGACAACCUCCAUAGAUGCGGAGCAAGGGAAGGUAAAAGUUACAGGCAACGUAGACCCUGAUGAGCUCAUCAAAAAGCUUGCAAAAUCAGGUAAACAUGCAGAGCUCUGGGGUGUCCAGAAGCCUAACAACAACCAAAACCAUAACCACUUAGCCAAUCAAAUGAAGAACAUGCAGAUUGAGAGUGGAAAAGGUGGGAACAAUAGCAGCAACAACAAGGGCCAGAAGGGCAACAAUAACAACAACAACAAUCAGAAUAAUCAGCCUAAAGGAGGGCACCAGCUGACCCCCCAACAGGUUCAGCAAUUACAGCAGAUGAAAGGGUUACAAGAUCUGAAGCUGCCCCAAUUGAAGGACAUGAAGAUGCCUGUUUUCAACCAGAACAACAACCAGAAGGCAGUCAAGUUUAACCUGCCUGAAGAAGAUGACUUGAAUGAUGAUGAGUGUGAUGACUGGGAUGGUGAUGGUGAUGUAGAUGAUGGUAAUGUAGAUUAUGAUGAGGAUGAUGAUGAACUGGAUGACCCCCAUAUGCCUCUCAACAAGACGAAAGCCAUGAUGAAUGUGCUUCAAGCGGGGAACAUGAUGAUGUCGAAUGGGAUGAUGAAUGGUAAUCAUCCCCAGUUCAUGAAUGCCCAGAAGGGCGGUGCUAAUGGCGGUGCAAACGGUGGAGGCAAUGGGAAGAAAGGAGGUAAUGGUAGCGGUGGCGGCGGUGGGAAUGCUGUGCCUGUUCAUGUCGUCGGUGGAAGUGGGAAUAGUGAGGGUAAAAAUGGAAAUGGAGGUAAAAAGGGAGGUGGUGGAGGUAACAAUGGAGGGAAUCAAAAUCAAAGUGGGGGUAAAAACGGUGGUAAAAGUGGCGGUGGGUUACCACAAGAUGCCAAAAGUGGUAAUAACAGUGGUGGUGGUGGGUCUCAUAAGAAUGGUGGCGGUAAUAAUCAUGACGGUGGUAACGGCGGCAAUGGAGGCAAAAAGGGGAAUAAUGGUGCUCCAAAUGGGAAUGAUGGCUUCCACAGCAGCGUAGGUGGCCCUAAUGGCAACAUGAGACAGAUGGCUAACGUGAACAUUCCCAUGGGCCAACGGGGUAACAUGCCUAUGGGACAAACGGGUAAUAUGCUUAUGAGCCAAAUGGGACAAUUAGGCAACAUCUCAGCAGUCCAAGGGCUACCAGCAACCGCCACGAAUGGCGGCGGUGGCGGUGGGUACUUCCAAGGAGCCGGGCCGGAUCUCAUGCCCGGCAACCCAUACCAUCAACAGCAGCAACAGCAACAGCACAUGGCAGCAAUCGUGAACCAGCAACGUUCAUUGGGGAAUGAAAGGUUCCAGCCCAUGAUGUAUGCCAGGCCGCCUCCUGCGGUCAAUUACAUGCCCCCAUAUCCUUACCCUUAUCAUUAUCUUCCCCCACCCGAUCCGUAUACCGACGUCUUCAGUGAUGAGAACACUUCAAGCUGCAAUGUGAUGUGAAAAUUGGAUAAGGUCCGCCGGCGGCAAUUGUUCCAAUGUCUCAGCGUAGAAGGUUGAACCAUACUAUACUUGGAAAUGAGAGUUUUAUUUUCCUUAUUUUCCUUAUUUUCCUUCUACUCACGCAUUUCAUCCUGAAUGAAUUAGAGUUUUUAAUUAUUCAGUAAUAUAGAUAAUCAUAUUAAAAAAAAAAGAAAAAAAAAAAGAGAAAAGAUCUAGAGGAAUGAGGGAGAUGGAUGAUGAGAGAAUGUAAGUGGGAAUCACUGGUUGGUUUUUUUCCCCCUCUUUUUAUGAGAAUGUACAUAUGUUGUUUAUAAUGGUGGUAAACAAAUAAGAUUAAAAAGAGUUG